GGCAUCAUCGAGAAUUCCCGCGGGGUCCAUGUUCUUCGGUGCUGGGUCCAUCACAAUGCCGCCGUAAAGAGGACUCCUCUUCUUUCCCAACACGACAAGCACCCGAAAAAAGGCAUCACCUCCCCACUCAUUUCGUCGUGCCUCUCUCUCUCUUUCUCCCCGCCUUCGCUUCCUCUGUUCUCUCCCGCCAUUGGUUCCCUCCGUAGCUUAGCUCGAGAAAUUCUGCUGUUUGAACCCGAAAUUCUCUUUUAUAAUUACUUCCCAUCCUUUAUGUUUUCUGUUUGUUUUCGCCAUUAAAGGAAAGACGGCAACAGCUUCGGCCAUUACUCUGUUCUCAUCCAGGAAGAAGAACUCACCAUUUUCUGCUUCUCCAUAAUUGAACUAGUCAUUGACAUCAGAGCUUCUUCUGUAAAUCAGUACUGAAAUCAUCUCUUAAGAUCUGCUUGCUUCCCUCUAUGAAUCUCUCUCCCUCUCUCUCUCUCUCGCUCUGCUCCAUAAGUCUUUGUAAAUCACUUUCAUGAAUACAAGAGAGAAUUGCAGUCGGUUCAUCCUGCUCAUCUAGAAUCGCCACGCGACGAGCUGAUGGAGAUUAUGAGUGGAAGAGCACUUCGGCUGGUGCUGGCCUUAGUGGCGGUAUCGGCCGGCUGUGCGCCGACGGGGGUCUGGUCGGAGCGGCUCCUUGUAGGGAUGACUCUGGUGCGCAAUGCGCCCGCCAUUGGAGCCUAUUGCUUGGACGGGAGUUUACCUGCGUAUCAUCUGCACAGAGGAUUUGGGGCUGGAGCAAACAGCUGGCUCUUGCAAUUCGAGGGUGGUGGGUGGUGCAACGAUGUUGAAUCGUGCUUGGACCGAGCCAAGAGUCGCAGAGGAUCCACUCGUUACAUGAGCAAGUAUGAGGUCUUCUCUGGGAUACUCAGCAACAAUGCGUCUCUCAACCCAGAUUUUUACAACUGGAACCGCGUGAAGCUCAGGUAUUGCGAUGGAGCGUCAUUCGCGGGAGAUGGAAAGUUUGACAACGGUACAUCGUUACUAUAUUUCAGAGGACAGAAAAUUUGGGACGCAAUCAUUCUUGACCUUUUACCCCAAGGCCUCGGAAACGCACACAAGGCAUUGCUUUCGGGGUGCUCUGCAGGUGGACUAUCAGUCUUCUUGCACUGUGACAGUUUCACCAGAUAUUUGCCUACCAAUGCCAGCGUUAAGUGCUUGAGCGAUGCGGGCUUUUUCCUUGACGCGCGGGAUAUCAGCUCAAACUACACUAUGAGAUCCUUCUUCAAACCCCUUAUUUCUCUUCAGGGUGUCCAAAAGAAUCUGAACGCCAACUGCACCAGCUCCAUUCGCUAUCCCAAUCUGUGCUUUUUCCCGCAAUAUGCUUUGAAAUUCAUUACAACGCCGAUGUUCAUCUUGAACUCCGCAUAUGAUGUCUUCCAGUUCCACCAUAUAUUGGUGCCUCCUUCAGCAGACCCGCGUGGCCAUUGGAAUCGUUGUAAAGUCAAUGCAGCAGCUUGUAAUGCAGCUCAGAUUCAGAUAUUGCAAGGUUUUAGGAGCAGGAUGAUCGGAGCUCUCAUGUUCUUCCUUGAAUUUUCGAGGAGUGGGGGAAUGUUCAUCAACUCAUGUUUUGCCCACUGCCAGAGUGAAUCACAGGAUACUUGGUUCGCUCCUGACUCACCGAGAAUUCAAAAUAAGACGAUAGCAGAAGCAGUCGGCGACUGGUACUUUAGCAGGAGGAUAAGCAAGGAGGUCGAUUGUCCAUAUCCUUGUGAUCGAACCUGUCAUAACCUUAUUCCUGCAACCUCGGACUCGCAGGCUGCUUAUAUCACAGAUCUUCUGAAGGGAUGAAUCCAAUUUUCUCAUUAUACUGAGAAGGCAGAAGAAGACAUAAUACAAUGUUGUCUAGAAGAAGAGGGAAAGAGAAAACAUGCUUUCUGCAUUAUUUUUAACCAUAAAUUCAUUCCAUUCAACAGAGAGUAAUUCAUUUUCAAAGAAUUGUAGAUAGACAGGAGGAGCCAUUUAUUGCCACUGACAUUGAGCAGAGAUCGCGAUAGAAAAAAUUUAGGAAAAUUCUUCAGUUCAAUGGAUGUUUGGAUUGUAUGCAGGACUUCUUCAUUAGGUACAAUACCUCUUUUCCUGUCGACUACAGAAAAUUUGAUUACAAGGCAA